AUGGGUCAACCAUCCUUCGCGGCGUCCAACGCCCUCAUCUACGUCACCUAUGGACUCUUCCUUAUCACCGGUACUGCCAUUGCGUGGAAGUUCCGCAAUCAGUCCAAGGGAGAGUUCCUGUCUGGAAAUAGAACUCAGACGGAAACAGUCAACAAGCUCGACUCUCGUUCGGAUCCCCCAAUGUAUAGCAAACUAACACGCACUCCCCGCAGCCUUCCCCUUGGCCCUCAACUUCAUCGCCUCUGCAAAGCAUCUUCGAGAAAGAAGAGCGGCAGAACGGCACAGAAAACAGCAAAGACUACGAGACUACUUUCCCACGAACCGCACAGCACAAUGCAAGCCUACAACAGAUGA